AUGCUCUCACGUGUUGCUGCAGUGAAGGCACCCCGCACACACAACCGUCGCCGCGUGACCGGAUCCAGCGGGAGGAGGAGGGAAGGAGGAGAGAGUGAGCCGCAGAGGCCCAACAUGUCCCGGCGUGUGAUUACUUCUGCGGUGCUCCUCCUCCUCGUGAUGAUGUGCUGCGGCACUGGUGGGGCUGCGCAAGCUGCUGAGCCAACGAUACCUGAGGCACCUGUACCGAAGUCAUCUUUUGGUUGGAGAGAUACAACAGGUGAUGAAACAGUGAGUUCGCUUCGUGGUCCCAGUCUUGUUGAGGUGAAUGGUAAAGUGUUUGCCGUUGCCGAGGCGCAGUGCAAGAAUGGUGAAACCAGCGUUUUUACUGGCAUUGCAUCCCGACUACUCACGAUGGAAAAGGGUAACGAACCGAAGGAUGUGCUGAAAGAAGCCAAGGUGAAAACACAAAUUCUGGAGGAAGGCGGUUCUGGAAAGGGGAAGAAAGUAGAUGUGAGCCGACCAACAACAGUUGUGAAUGGAAGUGAUAUUCACAUGCUUGUUGGAAAACACAGUCAUGAAGAUCUCGCUAACUGUCAGGUUACGACCGAAACCAUCAAUUCGGGAAUAUUGCUGGUGAAGGGCGAGGUCGUUGAGGACGGUAACAAAGUAAAUUGGAACGAUACUGACGGUGUACCGUGCACUCUAGGCGAGAAACACGAAUCCUUGUCACAGCUGAUUGGCGGCGGUGGAUCGGGUGUUAAGUUGAAGGACGGUACACUUGUGUUCCCCGUGGAAGCCACGAAGAAGAAGAAUGAGGAGGACAAAGAUGUGAAAGCCGUUUCGCUGAUCAUAUACUCCUUGAAGGAUGCUACGAAUUGGACGCUGUCGAAGGGGAUGUCUGACGAUGGCUGCAGUGAUCCCUCCGUCGUGGAGUGGGAGAAGGACAAACUCAUGAUGAUGACUGCGUGUGAUGAUGGCCGCCGCAGGGUGUACGAGAUCGGUGACAAGGGGGAUUCGUGGACGGAGGCACUCGGGACACUCUCGCGCGUGUGGGCCAGCAAACAAAAGGGAAAGGUUGAAAUUGUUGGAAGCGGGUUCAUCACAGCGGCUCUUGGUGAUGGAGAUGAUAAGAGAAAUGUGAUGCUCGUUACUCUGCCGGUGUAUUCCAAGGAGGAAGGCAAUGGAAAGGGCGUACUCCAUCUUUGGCUGACGGACAAUACGCAUAUUGUUGACAUUGGGUCGGUGUCCGGGAAGGAAGACGACGUUGCCGCCAGCUCCCUGCUGUACAAAAGUGGGAAUAAUAAGAAGGAGGAGGAGUUGAUUGCACUGUACGAGAAGAAGGGCGAUGGGGAAAAACCAUCACCCGGUAUGGUCUCUGUGCGUCUGACUGAGCAGCUGCAGCGUGUGAAGGAGGUGCUGACGACCUGGAAGAAAGUGGACGACCGUGUCUCCAAGCUGUGCCCCACUGAGAAUGCUGAGCAUGAUUCCUCAACUGACGAUGCCUGCAGCACUACUGAUAAGAUCACGGAUGGACUGGUUGGCUUUUUGUCCGGCAACUUCUCUGAUGGCACAUGGAGGGACGAGUACCUCGGCGUGAACGCCACAGUAAAUGAGAAUGUUGGGGCGGAACCGGCGGAUAAUGGCGUGAAGUUCACAGGACAUGGUGCAGGGGCGGAAUGGCCCGUUGGCAAGCGAGGGGAUAAUCAGCUGUACCACUUUGCGAACUACAACUUCACUCUUGUGGCGACGGUGUCCAUCGACGAGGCGCUGAAGAGUGGCAGCCACAUUACUUUAAUUGGUGCGAAGAUGGAUGACAAUGAGAAGAGUGUACUCGUGGGACUGUCGUACAACAACAAGGAAAAGAAGUGGAUAUUACUGUGCGAUGGCAGAGAGAACAAGGAGCACAGCAGCCAUUUGGAGACAGAGAAUUCAGAACACGUGGUAAUUUUGCUACGGAACGGCAACCAGGGCUCCGUGUACGUUGAUGGUCAGCGUGUGGGAGAUGCACAAUUAGACUUGAAGGAUAUUAAAGACAAAAAGAUCUCUCACUUCUACAUUGGAGGGGAUGAAGGCAGCGCAGAGGGCCAAGAGGGCCAAGAAGGCGUGUCUGUGACCGUAUCAAAUGUCCUGCUGUACAACCGCCCGUGGACAUCCGAAGAGAUUGCAGGGCUUGCCAAAAAUAAAAUUACUAUUUCGAAGCCGGAAGGUCCGAAGACAUCGAUGGAUACUCAAUCAUCAGCGACAAGUGGAUCACCUGUGCAGGGAGCCGUGUCCUUGUCCAAUUCUGCCAGGCAACUGCCGUCGGAACAGGAAACGCUGAAAGAGAAUAUUGGUGCGGACGGUGUAUCCGGUGCAGCUUCCGUUACUACUCCUUCAGCAGAUGCAAACACUCCUGCCUCUAAUGGCGAGGGGAAAGUUGAACCUGCAGUGAAAAAGGAGAUGAGCGUGAGCUCUGGUGAAGAUGCGGAGACUGUGGGAGGAACGGAUGUGCAGGAAGGAAUCCAUCCACAGGCCGGGGAAGUAAAUGCAACGGCACUCAACAGCAGCCUCGGACAUUUGUCGCAGGGGAAUAACAGCGAUGGCGGCACUGUGCGUGGGAGCGGACUGCUGCCAUCGCUGCUUCUGCUGUUGGGACUGUGGGGGUUUGCGGCUCUGUGA